AUGUCACUGCUACAUCAAGCCAAGCAGGUAUUCCUGUCCCUGAAGAGCAACCAGAUGUACUCGGAGUCAGAGCUCGCAGCGUGGCGCCAGAAAAAUCUGGUGAGCCAGUCGCCGGCCAAGCUAAACGGGAAAUUCGAUGGCAGCAAAGUAGGCUCCGGCUCCGGCGCCGGCGGCGCCGCUCCGACCACACCACAGCGGCCGAGCGCGCCGGCGAGGAAGAAGAUCGCCGCCAAAACCGGCGCUGUCGCCGCCGCCACCUCGGUUAAGAGCACAACGAGGCAGCGGGCAGCGAGGGAGAGCAACGGUGCGCCGGGAAGAAGAGCAAGAAAAGCUGCAUCGGUGACGCCGGGGACGGCGGAGCACGGUGGCGCCGGCGCCAGCGCCACCGUGGAGCAGAGACGGUUAGCCUACGCCGACGAGGCUGAUCACGGCGGCUGGCGGCCAGUGCCCGUCGUCUCCACUGGCCAGCACGCCACUCUCGUUUACCGGCCGCAGACGGCGGCGCACACGUACCAGGAUAGCCUCCGGCGAUUCGUCCGGCACGCCGGGCUGAAGGCGCGCGUCGCCGCCGAGUUCAGGAACCUCGAGUGCGACGUACGGGCCAGGCAGGCCGCCCCGGCGCCGGGCUACUGGCCGAACUGUGGUUUCGCUUCCAGCUCCGGCGCCGGCACGGCCAGCAGGUCGUUCCUCCCGCACGGCCGCUGCCCGCCGCCGUCUCCUCCGAGCGCGGCGUUCGGAGGCGGCGGCGCUGCCGCUGCAUCAUCUGCCGACGCUGCCGGCAACAAGGCGCCACCGCGGUGCAGGCUGGAGACGGACGAGGUGCUCAAGCUCCUCGUGCUGAUCGGCAGGCCGGCGUUCAUGGAGAGAGCCAGGAGAGUGCUCGGCCAUGAGCGCCAGGAGAGCAGCUCAAAGCAGGGACACGAUCAGAAACCAGCUGUGACCAGAGCCGGUGACGACGACGGCGGCGCGAAGGCCGGCGUAACGGCGGCCAAGCCAGGGAAGAAGAAGGGCAGUGCCAGCAAGCCAGCCGCCGUCGAGUUCGGGCCAUUCGCGCCGCCCAAGCUGGUCAUCCCCGGCCGGCAGCUGGGCUUCAGCCAGUUCGCCGGCUCGUCCUCCCAACCGUUCAAAGUGACGCCUACCACUCCAAAUGUUCCUGACAAGAAGAAGAAGAAACGAGGUUGA